GGCCAAAGCCACAACCAGGGUGGGUGGAGUUCAAAGAAAGGGUAGCGGGGAGCGAGUAGUGAGGAGGGGCAGAGUGAGAGCAGAGCUUGGUGCGACGAUGGGAAGGUGAUGCUCUUUUGUGUUUUUGCCUCAGCCCAGCUACAUCAGUCUCGAGCCUCUGAGGCAGUGCUUUUCAUUUGGUGGUUUUGUGGGUAAAAGGGUACGCCAUGGGUGGUUCACAGCUUACUUGGAGAGCCCUCCUGCUUGUUCUCAUCUUUUGGGGCCUGAUCUCCCUAUCCUCUGCCAUCAGGCUUGGUGCUUCUCGCCAGAAGCUUGAGGUCAACAGGCAUUUGAAACGGUUGAACAAGCCGGCUGUUAAAACCAUUCAGAGUCCAGAUGGGGAUAUUAUAGAUUGCGUGCAUAUAUCUAAGCAGCCGGCCUUCGAUCAUCCUUUCCUCAAAGAUCACAAAAUUCAGACGAGGCCAAAUUUCCACCCUGAAGGACUUUUUGACGUUAACAAGGUCUCUGAAUCUAUAGAAAAAUCAAUGCCCAUAACUCAGUUGUGGCAUGUUAAUGGAAAAUGCCCUGAUGACACCAUACCCAUAAGGAGAACGAAGGAAGAUGAUGUUCUAAGAGCCAGUUCAGUCAAAAGAUAUGGAAGGAAGAAGCACAGGACAGUCCCAAAGCCUAGGUCGGCCCAACCUGACCUAAUUAAUCAGAGUGGUCAUCAGCAUGCAAUAGCUUAUGUUGAAGGAGAUAAGUACUAUGGAGCCAAAGCUACCAUUAAUGUGUGGGAACCCAAGAUACAGCAACCCAACGAGUUCAGUUUGUCUCAGCUUUGGAUACUGGGGGGCUCAUUUGGUGAGGACCUUAACAGCAUUGAAGCAGGCUGGCAGGUUAGCCCGGAUCUUUAUGGUGAUAACAACACGCGGCUAUUCACCUACUGGACGAGUGAUGCAUAUCAAGCUACCGGCUGCUACAAUCUUCUAUGCUCGGGAUUUAUUCAAGUGAACAGUGAAAUAGCAAUGGGUGCAAGCAUCUCUCCUGUAUCUGGCUACCGCAAUGCCCAGUAUGACAUCAGUAUACUUAUCUGGAAGGAUCCAAAAGAGGGGCACUGGUGGAUGCAAUUUGGGAAUGACUACGUGUUGGGGUAUUGGCCAUCUUUCCUGUUCUCGUAUUUGGCAGAUAGUGCCUCCAUGAUUGAGUGGGGAGGAGAAGUUGUGAAUUCGGAGCCCGAGGGUCAGCAUACCUCUACUCAAAUGGGCAGUGGUCGUUUCCCCGAAGAAGGGUUUGGGAAGGCAAGCUACUUCAAGAAUAUUCAAGUUGUUGAUAGCUCCAACAAUCUCAAGGCACCCAAAGGUAUUGGCACCUUCACUGAGCAAUCAAAUUGUUAUGAUGUCCAAACCGGCAGUAAUGGGGAUUGGGGCCAUUACUUUUAUUAUGGAGGCCCCGGUAAAAACCCUAAUUGUCAAUGAAGUUACUUGGAAAAGAAGUAAGACAGCGUAUAUCUUAGCCUCUUAACUACUUCCAUCCCAUCCCACGUAACGUGUAUCAUCCGAUCUAGAGUAAGGCCUCUCUCUCUUGUAACAAUCCUCGUUUUUCCCUCUCUAUGCCUUUUGCUUUCUGUAGGUUGGGUAGGAACGUGGUCUUUCUGUAGCGAAAAGUUUUGACUGUUUUUCUAUAUCGAAAGAUGGAAGAUUCUCCAUGUAAAUUGGUGGGGAAGCGGCCAUGUUUCUGGGAAAAAAAAAAAAUCAGAAACAGGCGUCCAUAACAAAGUUGUAUUUUAUUUGUUUGCUUGCUCCCCGCUGGGGAGGGUUUGUUGGUGACAUGAAUGGAUAUGAACGAGUUUCUCUGUUGCCGCGAUCAAGCUGCUUAUUAUGAGCGAUAAUGAGCGGCUCCGACCGGAAAGCUCUGUUUAUGGUUGAUGGCGAAUCAGCGAAGAACCAAAAAGACAAAAGGGGCGAGGACAAAAACUGUAAAAAGAUGCUUUUGGGUUUUUUUUUUUUUUUGGGUUGCUUGCAUGUGAGGGGCUGACAAUGCUCGGAUGCUUUAUCUGUGAUUCAUCAUUAUGUGUAAGGAGGCCCCACUUCCCCCUCCGCAUAUGCACUUUGUCUUAAUCCCUGCGUUGCAUCCUUUCUUGUCUAA